ACAAGCUCACACCCGCUCCCUCACUCGCACACACAGACACACGCGCGCACACACGCUCCUCACACACACUCCACUCUCUCCCGCGCGCUCACACCCCUCUCACCCUGCGCCCUCGCGGGUGCAGCGCUGCGCGGCAGGCGGACGCCCCUCCCGGUCUCACUUUGCAACGCUGACAGCGCCGGCGGUGGCAGUGGAGGUGGGAACAGAAGCGGCAUCCUACCCCCUGGUCGCGGCCCGAGCCAGGACGCCCGCGGAACCCCUCGGCGGCGCUCUCCCAUGAAUCGGGAUCGCAGCAUCCCCUGCCAGCAGCUCACUGCCUCUGGGAGCCGCUGGACUUCUACACCGCAGCCCUUCCGGGACAGCAACUGUGACUCCCACCCCCCCCGCCGCCCCCAGUGCAGAUUUCGGGGCAGCUUUCUAGAAACUCGCUCUAAAGACGGAACCGCCACAGCACUCAAAGCCCACUGCGGAAGAGCGCAGCCCGGCAAGCCCCAGCCCUGAGACUGGACCCUCAGCGGAGCCCGGCAGCACCUCCGCCGCUUCGCCCCGCCGGACGUCCCCGCCUCCUCCACUCUCAGCCUCCGCUGGAGAGACCCCCAGCCCCACCAUUCAGCGCGCAAGAUAUCCUCCAGAUAUGCCCUGUGUGCAAGCCCAGUAUAGCCCUUCACCGCCAGGUUCCAGUUAUGCAGCACAGACAUAUGGCUUGGAAUACACCACGGAGAUCAUGAAUCCUGAUUACUCCAAGCUGACCAUGGACCUCGGCAGCACCGAGAUCACGGCCACGGCUACCACGUCCCUGCCCAGCUUCAGUACCUUCAUGGAGGGCUACUCGAGCAACUACGAACUCAAGCCCUCCUGCCUGUACCAGAUGCAGCCGUCGGGGCCCCGGCCUUUGAUCAAGAUGGAGGAGGGCCGCGCGCACGGCUACCACCAUCACCACCAUGACCACCACCACCACCACCACCACCAGCAGCAGCCAUCCAUUCCACCCCCCUCCGGCCCAGAGGACGAGGUGCUGCCCAGCACCUCCAUGUACUUUAAGCAGUCCCCGCCGUCCACCCCCACCACGCCGGGCUUCCCCCAGCAGGCAGGGGCGAUGUGGGAGGACACGCUGUCCUCGGCACAGGGCUGCAUCGCACCCGGCCCGUUGCUCGACCAGCCGAUGAAGGCGGUGCCCACGGUGGCAGGCGCGCGCUUCCCGCUCUUCCCCUUCAAGCCCUCGCCGCCGCACCCGCCCGCGCCCAGCCCCGCAGGCGGCCACCACCUCGGAUACGACCCGACGGCCGCCGCCGCGCUGAGCCUGCCGCUGGGAGCCGCCGCCGCCGCCGCCGCGGGCAGCCAGGCAGCUGCGCUCGAGGGCCACCCGUAUGGGCUGCCGCUGGCCAAGAGGGCGGCCGCGCUGGCCUUCCCGCCGCUCGGCCUCACGGCCUCCCCCACCGCAUCCAACCUGCUGGGCGAGAGCCCCAGCCUGCCGUCGCCGCCCAACAGGAGCUCGGCGUCGGGCGAGGGCACGUGCGCUGUGUGCGGGGACAACGCCGCCUGCCAGCACUACGGUGUGCGCACCUGCGAGGGCUGCAAGGGCUUCUUCAAGAGAACAGUGCAGAAAAAUGCAAAGUAUGUUUGCCUGGCAAAUAAAAACUGCCCUGUAGACAAGAGACGUCGAAACCGAUGUCAGUACUGUCGAUUUCAGAAGUGUCUCAGUGUCGGAAUGGUUAAAGAAGUCGUCCGUACAGAUAGUCUGAAAGGGAGGAGAGGUCGGCUGCCUUCCAAACCAAAGAGCCCAUUACAGCAGGAAGCCUCUCAGCCCUCUCCACCUUCUCCUCCAAUCUGUAUGAUGAAUGCCCUCGUCCGAGCUUUAACAGACUCAACGCCCAGAGAUCUCGAUUAUUCCAGAUACUGUCCCACUGACCAGGCCGCUGCAGGCACAGAUGCCGAGCACGUACAACAGUUCUACAACCUUCUAACAGCCUCCAUUGACGUAUCUAGAAGCUGGGCAGAAAAGAUUCCCGGAUUUACUGAUCUCCCCAAAGAAGAUCAGACAUUACUUAUAGAAUCAGCCUUUUUGGAGCUGUUUGUUCUCAGACUUUCCAUCAGGUCAAACACUGCUGAAGAUAAGUUUGUGUUCUGCAAUGGACUUGUCCUGCAUCGACUUCAGUGCCUUCGUGGAUUUGGGGAGUGGCUCGACUCCAUUAAAGACUUUUCUUUAAGUUUGCAGAGCCUGAACCUUGAUAUCCAAGCCUUAGCCUGCCUGUCAGCACUGAGCAUGAUCACAGAACGACAUGGGUUAAAAGAACCAAAGAGAGUGGAGGAGCUAUGCAACAAGAUCACAAGCAGCUUAAAAGAGCAUCAGAGUAAGGGACAAGCUUUGGAGCCCACUGAGCCCAAGGUCCUACGUGCCCUGGUAGAACUGCGGAAGAUCUGCACCCUGGGCCUCCAGCGCAUCUUCUACCUGAAGUUGGAAGACUUGGUGUCUCCACCUUCCAUCAUCGACAAGCUCUUCCUGGAUACCCUGCCUUUCUGAACAGGAGCAGCCUGAGCAGGGAGCUGCCUCAUCCGCUAGCAGCCGCUUGCUAAGCAGCGGAGGGAUGGGUCUGGACACCUACCAUUUUCUGUCCUUCCUUAAGAGAAAAAGCAAGCUCCUGUAGAAAUGAAAGACUUUUUUUUUUUUUUU